AUGCCUAACUUGAUACAAUCAGAAAUCCCUCUUAUUCGUACUACUGGAAAUGUUGUGGGUAAUUUAGGGUUUUUGCCAAGUUUGAGGGAAAUGAGUGAAGUGGAGUUUAGGGUUGAUACAAGGGUUUUGGUUCAGCCAUAUUUGACUGUUGUGGUUUCUGGUCUUUUCUUGAUUGUUUCACUUCUUGAUCAGCGGAUGAAACAAGGGUUUAUUCCAAGAGCUUUGUGUUUAGGGGUUGGAGGUGGUGCUUUGUUAAGUUUCUUGAACACUCGACUGGGAUUUGAAGUUGUUGGAGUGGAGGCUGAUGAGGUUGCUUGUGGACGGAUGAAAGGGGACACCCAUGAUUUGCAGGUUAAUAUUGAUUGUUUGAAUGCUAAAUUUGAUGUUGUCAUGGUGGAUUUGGAUUCAAGUGAUGUUAGAACCGGCAUUAGUGCUCCUCCACCGGAAAGUGUUAGGAAGCCCUUUUUCCAGGCUUCUAAAUCAGUUCUUCAUGAUCAUGGUUUUUUUGUCAUCAAUGUAGUCCCUCCUGACGAACGUUUCUAUGUGACAUUGAUACAAGAACUUCAAGAUGUUUUUCAUAAUGUCCAUGAAAUAAACAUCGAGAACGAAGAUAAAUUUGUUCUUGUGGCCACAGUGUCGCCAAUAGCAUCUAAUGACCAUGACAAUGCUUUUAUCCAAAAGGCUGAGAAAAGCAAGACAUAG